AUGACGUCACAAUCUCAAUGCCUUGAUAAUGAUGUUAAAUCUUCACGGGACAAACAUGUCCAUUAUCCCAUCGAAUCAAUAAAUGAAAUCAAACAAUUUGAAAUGCCGACUUUUGUAGAACGAACGCAUCGUAAAUCAAAUGAUUCGGAACGAACAUUGUUCGUUUCUCACUUUGACCUUCAAGACGCUUUUGAAAGUAGCAUUUACGACAAACCUGAAGCACAUACUUGUGAUUGUGUCACGAGACUCGCAUUAAGUAAUAACGAUAAAGAUCAAAUGUCCCAGGAUCAAAUUAUUCGAAAUGUGCCGCAGCAAGAAUCGUCACAGAAUGACCAACGUUCUGAUAAUGAAAUCGUUUUACUGUUCAUUAUAGUUUCGAUCGUUUCUUACGCCAUAGGAUAUUUCGGUUUCGCUUUCUUUUGGAUUACGUUGAUAUUAUAUCAGUCCACAAUAUGGUUUCUUAAUACGGUUAAGGAUAAUAAAGAGCGAGUGCGUUGGGAGGUCACAAAAGAAAUGGCGAUGGAUAAGAUGAGACGAGAUAAUGGGGAAACUGUCGAAUGGCUGAAUUAUUUGCUUCAACAAAUAUGGAGAACAUUUGAUCCAUCCCUUUUGAUAGGACUUCGAGACACGUUUGAAGACGCGAUGUCUCGUAGCGCACCUUCUUUUCGCGCAACGGAUAUUGAAGUUGAAAUCGGUCUUAUCGCCCCUCGCAUUGAAAAUAUUAAAAUUCUGCCACGACGCGAGAAUCAGGAUGACGACGACGUAAUAGUUGGGGAGGCCACAUUUUCUUUUCGUGCACGUUCUUCUACCAUGAACCGUAACGAUGCCCCACCACAUAUUUUAGCAUGGAUCAAAACUGGAAUUUCAGCAAUAAUCCCUAUAAAGGUCGAAUUGAUAGGUUUUAAAGCUUCAAUUCAUUUUGAGAUCAAAAUUACUGGUACUUCACCAUUCAUUUCAACUGGGAGAUUUAGUUUUCUCAAAUUUCCAUUAUAUGAGACGAGCAUUAUGCCUUUGAUACCUAUGAACAUCGCACAGGUAUUUUAA